UACAAAAAUGUAAGCAUAACAUAUGCUUUAUACUAUAUAUACCCACACACACAGAUAUAAUUUCUGGUCUAUUAUUAGUUUUCCAAAGUGGAUUAUGGUCAAACAGUGAGUUAUUCUGCUCAUAAUGAAGUGGCAAGCUCGUAAUUAUGGGAUUAAGAUGUUACGAACUCCAACCUGCCCUGGCCAUGGAAAAGUGUCUUUCAUGCUUUUAUCGUCAACAGAGGAAUGUUUUGGGAUUGCAAUAAAUUCUCUCAAUAGCAUAUCUUCAAGAGAAUUUAGACAAUGGAGACAUUAAUGUAUGUAUCUAUGGCCGCUCCUCUCAGAGCACCCUGAAACUUCUUGUCCUUCCUUCUUCUUCCUUCCAUUAUCAUCUGAGAAAAAACAGUAAUCCCCACACCACUCUGUCCAGUGUGCCCAUUUCUGAACAGCCUGUAAGAAGGAUUUCUUCAAACUUCUUCCAGAAACCGACAAGUAUUCUGACCAUUAUUCCAUUCCCGACCAUCAUUCCAUCUCCGAAGUCCGAACACGUUUAUUCCGCCCGGAUUGUGGUUUCCAGCAUGUGGGAAUCUGACAACGAAUCUGUAGCAGGAAGGGGCUAUGCAGGUGGGCUUCUGACUCCAACCAAGCAAGGUGUUAAGACAGAAGGGUUCGAACAAAGAGGCCAAUCUUGGUAUGUUGCAACGGAUAUUCCAAGUGAUCUUCUUGUUCAAAUUGGAGGAGCUAACUUCCACUUACACAAGUAUCCUCUUCUUUCUCGAAGUGGAAAGCUAAACAGGAUCAUAUACGAGUCACGCGACCCAGAUUUGAACAAGAUAGCUAUGGAUGAUUUACCUGGUGGGGCUGAGGCCUUUGAGCAAGCUGCAAAGUUCUGCUACGGAAUUGCAGUGGAUUUAACGGCAGGCAACAUCUCAGGCCUAAGAUGUGCUGCAGAAUACCUUGAGAUGACGGAAGAUCUAGAAGAAGGCAAUCUCAUAUUCAAAACCGAGGCAUUUCUAAGCUAUGUGGUCCUAUCGUCAUGGAGAGACUCCAUAGUAGUAUUGAAGAGCUGUGAGAAGCUGUCACCAUGGGCAGAGAACCUUCAGAUUGUUAGAAGAUGCAGUGAGUCCAUAGCCUGGAAAGCUUGUGCCAAUCCAAAAGGGAUAAAGUGGUCCUACACUGGUAGACCCCCAAAAGUUUCAAGCGACAAAAAGGAAUCAUCAAGCCCCGGUAGGAACCAGCAGGUUCCUCCAGAUUGGUGGUUUGAGGAUGCUUCAAUCCUUCGAAUCGAUCAUUUUGUUCGAGUCAUGACUGCAAUAAAAGUAAAAGGAAUGAGAUAUGAACUCAUCGGAGCAUCAAUAAUGCAUUAUGCAACUAAGUGGCUUCCAGGACUAAUAAAUGACACAGCAAACUUUGGAGAUGAAGCAAGUAGUAAUAGUAACAGUAAUAGCAGCAGCAGUAACAGUGGAGGUAGCUGGAAAGGUGGGCUUCAUAUGGUUGUGACUGGAAAAAGGGAUGAAACUUCAAGCCUUCAAGCUAAAGAUCAAAGAAUGAUCAUAGAGAGUCUUAUAAGCAUAAUCCCACCACAGAAGGAUAGUGUCUCUUGCAGCUUCCUUCUUAGGCUUCUGAGAAUGGCAAACAUGCUGAAAGUUGCGCCUGCAUUAGUCACUGAAUUAGAGAAAAGGGUGGGAAUGCAACUUGAACAAGCUACACCGGCUGAUCUAUUGAUUCCUUCUUAUGACCAAAGUGAGACCAUUUAUGAUGUAGAUCUGAUUCAGAGGCUGCUUGAGCAUUUUCUGGUUCAAGAACAGACUGAGAACUCAAGUCCUGGCAGAGUGGGAGGGAGUAAUUUAACUGCCAAGACCAGAGUGGCUAGGCUUGUUGAUAGUUAUCUUACCGAAGUGUCCAGAGACAGAAACCUUUCCCUCACAAAGUUUCAGGUCCUGGCUGAAGCGUUGCCUGAAUCAGCUAGGACCUGUGAUGAUGGACUCUACAGAGCCAUUGACUCUUAUCUAAAGGCACAUCCUACACUUUCUGAGCACGAAAGGAAGCGGCUUUGCCGGGUAAUGGAUUGUCAGAAACUCUCCAUUGAUGCCUGCAUGCAUGCUGCUCAGAACGAAAGGCUUCCACUAAGAGUUGUGGUGCAAGUUCUCUUCUCUGAACAAGUCAAAAUAAGCAAUGCAAUAGCCAGCAGUUCUCUGAAAGAAGGUGGUGCAGAGUCUAAAUACCAACCAAUGAUCUCAAACAGAAAGACGCUUCUAGAAGCUACACCACAGUCAUUCCAAGAAGGAUGGACAGCUGCUAAGAAAGACAUAAACACACUCAAGUUUGAGCUUGAGAGUGUGAAAGCCAAGUACUUGGAGCUGCAAAAUGAUAUGGAGAAUCUGCAGAAACAGUUCGAGAAGGUGCUGAAGCAGAAGCAGGCAUCAGCUUGGAGCACUGGGUGGAAGAAACUAAGCAAACUUACCAAAAUGACAAACAUGGAGAAUCAUGAUAUUGCUCCUCAGAUUCCUCCUCCUACUGCAGAACAGAACAGGAAGCCACCAAGAAGGUGGAGAAAUUCAAUUUCCUGAAACACGGAAGAUUCUGAAACAUGUGUUCUUUUCAUUCAGUUUUUUGGCUUCUUGGAGAGUAAUUUACGGGGGUUUCUUUGUUUCGCUUUCCAUUUCUGAAAGCAAUUGCUGAAAAGCUCUAGCUAAAUUGAAUUUGUCUCCAAGAGAGAAUCAUAAUUUUCAUGUGCGAGUUCCCCUAGCACUUCAAUCCAUAAUAAAAUUAAUCAUUUUUGUUCA